AAGAAAAGUUGAGUGAUGAAUUUUGGGCUUGACAGUUAGAUCUUGAAGAAAGUUCUAGCUUACUUGGUCAAAAUGAAAAGACUGGGGAACUGUAUGGAUGAUGCAUUUCUGUAGCAUUUUGUCAGCAUUGUAGUGUUGACAAUGGAUAAAUGUAAACACGUAGGGCGUCUGCGGCUUGCCCAGGACCAUUCCAUCGUGAAUCCUCACAAAUGGCAUUGCAUGGUAUGCAAUACUACAGAAUCUGUAUGGGCCUGCCUAGGAUGCUCACAUGUUGCUUGUGGAAGAUACAUUGAAGAACAUGCACUAAAGCACUUUCAGGAAAGCAGUCAUCCAGUAGCAUUGGAAGUGAAUGAGCUGUAUGUUUUCUGCUACCUUUGUGAUGACUAUGUUCUUAAUGAUAAUGCAACUGGUGACUUAAAACUCUUGCGAAGUACAUUAAGUGCAAUCAAGAGUCAAAAUUAUGACUGUACUACUCGUAGUGGCAGGACUUUGCGAUCGAUGGGCACAAGUGAUGAUCUUUCACAUAAUAAUGCACAAGCUUUGCUUCGUAAUCAAGACCGUAUGUUCACAGCUCUGUGGCACAGGAGGCAUGCAUUAAUGGGCAAAGUAUUUAGAUCUUGGUUUGAACUGACACCAAGCGGAAAAAGGAUUUUAGAAGAAGAGAAGCUAAGGGAGGAGGCGGAAGAAAGAAGAAUCAAUGCUAGGAAGAAAAGAGAAGAGCGGAAGCGCCAGUUGAAGGAAGAAAUGGAAAAAAUGCCCCCAAGGAAGAGCUUUCGCUUGCAAAAUCAAAAUAAAGAAUCCUCAGAAAUACCACUCUAUGCACUAAAAAUGCCACAACAUUUGGACUCUGCUCUUGAGUUGAAAGUAACAGCUACCUCAGAUGAAGUAAAAUUAAAAAAAAUAGACUCUCCAGUUAAACGAAGACCUACUGUGACUCCUGGUGUAACAGGAUUACGAAACUUGGGAAAUACAUGCUAUAUGAACUCUAUUCUUCAGGUAUUGAGUCACUUGCUCAUAUUUAGGGAAUGUUUUUUAAAGCUUGAUUUGAACCAAACUCAAGAGUUGUUAGCAGCUGCAGCCAAUGGGAAAACAAGAUCAUCAUCUAAACAUCCUCUAUUAGCUGGCUCUAUUUUUCAUGUGAACAAAAGCCACGUUAAAGAUAAAACAUCUACUGCAAGGCGAUCUAGUGUGUCAUCAGGCUUAAGUGGUGGAGCAUCGCAUAGUAGAAAUAUGGAACUUAUUCAGCCUAAGGAGCCAAGCUCAAAGUACAUUUCUCUUUGUCAUGAACUACAUACUUUGUUCCAAGUCAUGUGGUCUGGCAAGUGGGCUUUGGUGUCUCCUUUUGCGAUGCUCCAUUCUGUUUGGAGACUAAUCCCAGCCUUUCGUGGUUAUGCCCAACAAGAUGCUCAGGAAUUUCUCUGUGAACUUUUGGAUAAAGUACAGCAAGAACUGGAGACAGCUAGGACAAAAUGUCCAGCCCUCAUUCCCACUUCUCAAAGGAAACUCAUUAAACAGGUUUUGAACGUGAUCAAUACUAUUUUUCAUGGACAGCUUUUAAGUCAGGUAACAUGUCUUGCAUGUGAUAAUAAGUCAAAUACUAUAGAACCCUUCUGGGACCUGUCACUGGAAUUUCCUGAAAGAUACCACUGCAAUGGAAAGGAGACAACCUGUCAGUAUCCAUGCUUGUUGACAGAAAUGUUGGCCAAGUUUACAGAAACUGAAGCCUUGGAAGGAAAGAUAUACGCUUGUGAUCAGUGCAACACAAAACGAAGAAAGUUUUCUUCUAAGCCUGUUAUACUCACAGAAGCACAGAAGCAGCUUAUGGUAUGCCGACUACCUCAAGUUUUGCGGUUACACCUUAAGCGGUUCAGAUGGUCAGGACGCAAUCAUCGUGAAAAGAUUGGUGUGCAUGUCAGCUUUGAUCAGAUGCUAAACAUGGAGCCCUAUUGCUGCAGAGAAUCUCUAAAGUCCCUUGUACCAGACUGCUUUAUCUACGACCUGUCUGCUGUUGUGAUGCAUCAUGGGAAAGGAUUUGGUUCGGGACAUUACACUGCCUAUUGCUACAAUUCAGAUGAAGGAGUCUGGGUACACUGCAAUGAUUCCAAGCUCAACAUGUGCACUAUGGAAGAAGUAUGCAAGGCGCAGGCCUACAUUUUGUUUUAUACCCAACGAGUUACUCAGGCAAAUGGACAUUGUAGAGUAUCAGGUCUUGACUCACCUUCUGGAAAACAGCCAAAUACUGAAGUUAAUUGUUCCAGUGUAGACAGUAACAGCUAAGCCAAAGCCAAUUUACUGAGUACAGUACAAGUUUGAAUUGUCACUUGUACAUGUAUUGAGACAAGUGCAGUAUUGUGCUAAAUCUGUCUUGGGAAACAAUGUAUGUGUUAAAAUUCUUUUGUACUUGCUAAAAAAAAUUUGGGGGAAAAGUUUAGUAUAAAUUAAUACUUUAUAUUCAUGGUAGGUAACUUCCUAAGUUACUAGACGACUGUAUAGCUAUUUUUUUAAAAAAGAAAAUUGCCAUUUGGAUUUUUAAAUCUUACCUCAAGCUGUUUUUCAGCAUUUUUAUAUUUUAGUGUAGGAAAUAGAGAUGAGGAAUUUCAGUGGGCAUCUUGUGUAAUUCUGGAUUUUUUUAUAUAAAAAGUGUGCAUUUAUACUACAUUUUUGGCAGUACCUUUGACUUUGUCUGCAGGAGUCUGUCUUGCUUCUACAGAAUUAAAAAAAAAUCUUGUCCA